ACCACGCUCUGUUACAGUUGGUUCGGCGGUAUCGAUUAAUGAGUGAACUAAGAUACGAUGUUAUAGUAGUUUUGUGGGAAAAACACUAUAUUUAGGCAACAAUGUCUUCGGCUGAGUUUUUGAGAGAGUUUGUUAACGAGCGACUCUCUGCUGCUGCUGAAGAAAUAUUCAGUGUUUUUCAGAAAACCAUCGUCGAAUAUGAGGAGGAGAUCAGACGGCAGCGCAGACUGCUGGAUGUCGUUUUGAAACCGGAUAUACAAAUACAAAGGAUAGAGCUCCCACAGCAUCCUGUCUGUGAGGAGCAGGUUUUCUCUGAGCAGCAGCUCUGUAUUCAGGAGAGGAACUCCAGUCUGGACCAAGAGGACCCAGAGCCUCCACAGAUUAAAGAGGAGCAGGAGGAGCUGUGCACUAGUCAGGAGGGAGAGCAGCUUGGACUGGAGCCGGAGACUGAUGCCUUCAUGUUGACUGCUACUGAGGAGGAGAGUGAGCACCAGCUCCUCUCUCACAACUCUCAUGUAGCUGAGAGCCAAGAUCAGAAAGGAGGCGAGCAAGCCUCAGGGUCAACUGGACAUGCAGAGCCAAGACCACAGAAUGAAUAUCACAGAAAUCCCAGUUACGAAGGAAACAACAUUAAUUUGUCAGAGAUGCACACAGGUAAACAGCCUUUCAAUUGUGACUUAUGUGGAAAAGACUUUCAAAAUAACUCGUCACUGAAGACGCACCUCAGAUUUCACACAGGUGAGAGGCCAUUUCCUUGCAAUACAUGUGGGAGAGCUUUCAGACAUAAAAGCCACUUGAAACAGCAUAUUAGAAUUCACACAGGGGAGAAGCCAUUUCUGUGCCAAACGUGUGGGAAGCGAUUCUGUCGAACAUCAACAUUUAAAAGGCAUAUUAUGAAAUUCCACAUGGGUGGAAGACGUUUUCUUGCAAAAGAUGUGGGAAAUGUGUCCGAUAUGAUGUUCGAUUGAGAGUCCACAUGAGAAGCCGCACAGGGGAGGAUCCGCAUUCUUGCAUCAUCUCUGGUAAAAAUGUCGUAUUCAGUAGUAACUUGGGAAGCCACACAGAAACACACACAGGGGAAAAGUUGAAUCCCUGCUGCACAGAGCCUCCACAGAUUGAAGAGGAGCAGGAGGAGCUGUGCACCAGUCAUGUAGCUGAGAGCCAAGAUCAGAAAGGAGGCGAGCAAGACUCAGGAUCAAAUAGACAUGCAGAGCCAAGACACACUGCUCUGCUUUCUGCAGUGACCUCAGCAGCUGUUCUCACUGUAAACAUCGCGUCACGAUUGAAGCAGUUAAUAAAACAAAAUAAGUAGCCUAUUAUCCAGGGGAGAGACCGUUUGCAGAGCUGUCAUUGGUUGAGAUCGGUCCAGCCGUGCAUCACGCCUCUUUUAAACAUUACUGUUGCCGGAAAUACAUCCGCAGAGGAUACAUCAGUAUCCUCGGUCAUAGCCCCUCCAGAGAGCCUCCUUGAUGCUCGAUCCUCGAUGUGCAUUUAGAGAAAUUAGAUGUCCUUCAUCAUGGCACGUUGAAAUCGAUUUCCGGGUCACUACCGGAGGACCGAGGAGGCAGAAAUUUGACAAUUGAGAAAGGGCUACAGUCAACUAGACAUGCAGAGCCAAAACAACAGAAUAAACGUCACAAAAUUCAAUAUAACACUGCAAACAACACACAUUUGUCAGAGUUGCACUGUCAUACUCACACAGGUUAACAGCCUUUAAAGGUCUCUUAUCAUGCAAAAUGCACUUUUUGAUGUCAUUUAUACAUAAAUAUGUGUCCCCGGUGUGUCAGGGAACUCACAAAGUGUCAGAAAACAAAACCCUCUCUCUUUUCCUCCGUACCCGAAUAUCUCAAAACGGGGGUACAACGGAGUUGAUCCAGAUUUGCUGGCGAUAUGACGUAAUAUCGGAAAUGUAGGCUGGCUUUACUCCCACGGCACUAUCAGAAACGUCGCGUCAGAAACAAUGCGUGACAUGUUUUGGAAGUAAUAUGGUCUUUGUUUACAUUAGCAAGCAUCGAUAACACUCGGAGCCAACCUCUACUGGAGAGAGUAUGUGUAGAAAAGCAGGAAAUUAAAAAAGGAACUCACCUUGUAGUAAACCCGCAAGAAAAAAAGCAUUUGAGCUCCAUACUGUUUCAGAAAUAAUCCUUGAUGUGGUUUGGAACAUGAUAUGGCAUUUAAUGACUGCAGCAUGUAACUGUAUCUGAGCAGUGCAGCCACUCAUCUCUCUGCAGCUCACAGCUUGUCUGCGUGCUCUAAAGGGGGAAGGGCCAGCAGCUACUGACCCAGAAUCAGCAGUUCUCUAACAGGGCUGAAACAGAGGGAUAUGAGGGAUGUCUAAAAUGCAUGAUACGUUUGGUAUUUUGUGCAACACACUUCAUAGACAUGUUUUUUGUAUUUAUUUUAUAUAUCUGAGACCCAUAAUAUAUGCCUAAAAAUAGCAUGAUUGAAUAUCUUAAAAAUAUAACACAUGGGGAAAAGAUUGUAACUAUAAUUCCUUACUUGAGACACCUGAGAAUCCACACAGGAGACAGGCCACUUACAUUUAAAACUUGGUAAAUCUUUUCAACAUAAUGGUCACUUGCAGGGUUAGGAGUACUACUUUAAAAAGGUCUUCCAUUACAAUGACAAAUUAGCUUUUAUUUAAACCAUUCAAGUAACCUAAUGCCAGUAUCACAAAAUACAACUAAUGGGACCUGAUAACUGUCCAUUACUUUUGUUUUGUAUUGUCUCUCUGAAAUGCAAUGCCAAUAAAUACAAGAACAAAAUAAUAUCAAUAAGAUGGAGUAUACUUAAGUGUAUGUAAGACGACAGAAAUCCUAUACUUUAGAAAAGAAUAAACAAAGAUAUCUGGAAAACAAAAAAGGUAUCUUCUGCUCAUUGUUUUUGUUUUUAAGAGAAACCUGCCUUUUAUUAAGCAUAUGUAUGAAAAAAUAAAAAAUGAACGAGGAA